CUUUAGUCCAACAAAAAAAACUAUUACUACAAUAACAGAAACGACAACAUCAAAGAUGGUCACAAUUAACGAUGAUUUGCGGCAAAAGUUUGCCAAACAAUUGAUGGCAUACUUUUCGGACAUCAAUAUCAAUACAAAUUGGUUUAUGAGGAUUAUAGUCAACAAAGAUAACGGAUGGAUCAGUUUUGCGACAUUAAUGACAUUCAAUCGUUUGAAACGAUUGGCCGACAAUUCCUACGAUAUAUUUGUUGAUAUCGUUAAAAAUCUUCAGUUAGAUACAGAUUUUCUGGAGAUUGAUGUCAUCAACGAAAGAGUUCGCCGAAACCCCAACCGACCCGUACGGCCGAAAACUGACGAAUGGAUUCGCGAGUUCAACGAACGUACUGUACAUUUGGCCGGAUUUCCAACGGCGGCGGAGGCGGAGAGCGUUACGUUUGAUCAGCUGAUGCAAUGGUCGCAAACGUACGGAACAGUUGAAUGGCUGGAUAUGAGAUACAGGCGCUCAACGAUGACAUCACACAAUGACAACAACAAACAGUUCAAAGGAUGUAUUUUUGUGACUUACGAAACAAAAGCAAUGGCCGACAGUCUGUUAGGUCAAGAAGUGGUCAAAUAUGGCGACAACAAUAAACUAAUGAAAGAAAAUAAAUUGCAAUACUAUCGACGCAAACGUGAAUUUAUGAGCAAAACUAAGUCCAAGAAAACCGAUGAUCAGGUCAUCAAUAAGUUAGCCAUCAAAGAGAUGGACAUCAAUACAGACAACAGAAAUAGUGUUUAUAUACCGAAAAAUACGUCGGUUUUGAUGUUAAAGAAAGUACCGAAACAGUUGUCCUAUCAGUCGAUACGUAACUAUUUCUACAAACUUUGCGGUCAUUAUCAACGAGAAAACCGAUGCGUGAAAUAUGUGUUGAAAAUUGGCCAAAAAAAUGUCUGUUAUGUCCGAUUUCACGGGGAACAUUUGGCCAGAGCUGUGUUGGAUAUAAAUCGAAUUACGGUCGACAAGGAUACUGACCAGAAGCUGGUCAUCGAUGGCCAUCAAGUGGUGGCCGAAGUACUUCAUGGCGAAGACAAACAGCGUUUUUGGCGAUUGAAUAACAAACGUAUUGUUUCAUUGAAAAACAAAACACAUAACUAUCGGCGAGAUAUGUCCGACUAUCAGAUGACAAGCCUGGAGACCAGUUUUGUUAUGAAACGGGUUGAUAGACAGUUGGACUUAAUGAAACAGUCGUUACCCGAGUCAGUACUGGUCAUAGGCCUUUGCGGUACUAACGGUAAACAUCGGCUCAAAGAUAAGAAACAGUACGCUCGAGAAAAACGGUUGAUCGACAAACUGAACCGAUUGGCCACUGUUUCGUCGAACGGCUAUUGGAACAGUUAUCUGUACGUACAGUUUGCCGGCCGACGUAUGGCCCGCAAUGUGUUGGCCAAGUAUAGAGUAGACGAUGCGGAACCGAUGGCCGAUUUUGAUAAUAAUGUAUUCUACAAAAUGCGAGUCAACCGCUCGGGUCGCGAGUCGGGUGAUGACUCGUCGGGUGAAGUGGUCUACGCCCGUGUAAUGACCGGAUCGGCCGAACAGCAAUUCGUGGAGUGGACCGAUAGGAAUCGGGAGACCAUUGUUAGACAGCGACUAAUCAAACGUGAAUUGAAACGAUUUCGGCGGUGUUUGCGUCGGUAAAGGAUUGACUAAAAAAUUGAAGAUAAUCUGCGAAAACAAACAAAAAAAUAAUUAUAUAUUUAUAUACC